CCUCUUCACUCUCUUUCUCUUUGUCUCUCUCUCUACUACCUCUCUUACUCUGGUCUCCAUUGUUCCGGCGAUGUUCCAACACGCGCCUUCUCCCAUUUCCCUCACCAUCGUCUUCUUCUUCUUCUUUACCAUUCUGUCAACCGUUUCGCCUAACCCGGAAACUGUCACCGUCCAGCCAUUCCUGGUCAAAUCAUCCCCACCCGCUACCAUACCCGCUUUCCCGGAGCAAUCCGAUUUCUCCGGCUGCCCUCUUGAUUUACCAGAAGACCUCUUCCACGGCAUCAAAUCAGCCUGCACCGGCAAGAAGCUCCACAAGGGACGAUGCUGCCCGGUUCUAGGCGCGUGGCUCUACUCUGCUUACUCAACCACUGCCCUGAGCCGUUCGAUUUCCGCCGCCGCCGCCAGAAACGCUUCCUCCUCCCCGAUGACGCAAGAAGACAUGCCGUUGCUUCCCGAUGACUCGGAGACUUGCGUCGACGGACUGGGGAAAUCGCUGAGGCAGAGAGGGAUUGAGCUCACCAGACCGAACGAAACUUGCGACGUCGUUUACUGCUAUUGCGGAAUCAGAUUGCAUCCGUUAAGCUGUUCAGAUGCUUUUAGAGUGAACGAUGAAGGGAGACUCGUCGGAGACGAGAGGGUUCAUAGAUUAGAGACUGAUUGUUUGAGUGGAAGCCACAACAAUGCUGAUAGAGUAUCUCCUCUGCUUGGCUGUAACAAGUGCUUGAACAGUCUCUACAAGCUAAACCCGAAGAAUACUUCAGGUACAAGAAACCCAUCUAAGGAAGACCGAAACAGAACAGCAAAGAUGCACAACAAAGAUUGUGUCCUCAUGGGUCUAACUUGGCUUCUCGCUAAGAACCGUACUGCUUACUUCCCUACUGUCACUUCCGUCCUCCGAGCCGUCAUGCUCAACCAAGGCGGCGAGCCACGUUCAUGUGCUCUCGGCAGCGACGGUAUGCCUUUAGCCGUCGACUCUUCGGAAUUCUCCAACGGCUCCGCAACUUCACUUCAGUAUCCGCAUAACUUGGUCAACUUCUUACUUUACAGCGUCAUCACAUUACUCUUACUAAGGCCGUCGUGAUGACUUACGACUUACGGUGACUUGGUAAUUGGAUUUUGAUCGUGAUGUUGUGGGAUGCUACGUGAUUGGUUGAUAGAAGUGGAAAUUCAGAUAGAAGAAAGAGAGGGCUUGGUUCUGUCUUUGUAAAUUAGUAUUUUGUUGUCGUUGUUGUUGUAGCCAUGUUCUUUUAUAACAUUAUUGGUCAAUUAAAUUCUGAGAAAAAUCGCAAUCCACAAAUUUCAACGAUA